AUGGACCAGAACCGCACUAGUAUAGUGGAACAUUUCGUACCGUUAGGUCUUCUAUCGGCUGGAUGAAAGUGUAUCGAUUAUGUUGAAGUUCGCGUUUGUUGUGGCGGUCCUCGUAGGGCUAGCCAUAGCCCACGAUGGACACGUUUACGUGAGUAAAGUGAAUCAUCCGGCUCCCAAAGCGUCCCAGGAAGAAAGUGCUGCCCAGAAUGAUGUGAUUAGUGAAGGAGCGGAGCAGCGAAACUCUCGACUGGAUCAACUAUCGCCUGGAUUCCGGGAGGCUGCAAGCCAGCAGGAGAAAGGACGCAAUCGUUGGAUCGGAUUACAGUGGUUGGGUCGGGGAUUUGGGCGCCGAGGUCCCGAGGGAGGCUUCGGAAUUGAAGAAAUUGUGAUGAAACGACCGAUCAAGAUCGGAAAAGAACGAAACAGUGCGCAACAGAAAAACAGUGAUUUGGGAGGUCUGGACCAGGGUGGUGAAACUGAAGAUUCAAAUAGUUUGACUGGUCAGGGAGGUGAUUCGAAUGAGAGUGGUGAAGUCGAUGAUCAAGAUCAGCAAAUGGAAUACGAACGACGUGGGCAGGAAAACAAUAUUCGAAACUACGAACGCCAACGACAAGAAGAAGGUUCGGAUGAAGAACAACGAAACAAUCGCAGAGGCAAUUCUGGACGUCGUAGGCCACAAAGUCGUAAGGGAAGCAGCAGACGAGGACAGGCAACUGAUCAGCGGAGAAACCAGAACCGAGGUGAACAAAAUGAAUCGUACCGCGAGCAGCAAGAAAACAAUCAAUUUGAAGGUGAGGAACAAGCAGCAGAACAACCACGACAAACUAGUAGACAACGUCAAGAAGAUACCCAACGCGGCGAAGAAGGUGUUCGUCGUGGACAAGAAAGCUCACGCAGAGGACAAAAUCAAGGUAGUACUCGUUCUGGUCAACGAAAUUCGUGGCGGGGACAAGCUGGCACCGAACAAAAUACAGAUUCACGACAAAAUCAAGUGAACAUAUUUGAAGAUGAUGAAGGAUUUGGGAAUGAGUUUUGGCGCCUCGGUCAAGCCGUGGAACUGACUCGUUUGAAUCAGCAACAAGCCUCUAGGACCCAAGGUAAUGGUUUCCAAACUCAAGAACCAAUUCUAAGUACUGAAAGACCUAGUGAACAAGGUCAGCUUGUUGAAACUAACUCUGGAACAGGCAACCCAAGCUUGUCGGUUGAAAGCAGAGGACUCCAGGGAUAUCAGUAUCCGGACUCCUACAGUUGGCAUCUUCAGAACAAGCUUUUGAUCGAAAAGAACCAAGAAACGGAAGCACAACUUGACAACAGGCAACAACAACAACCUAACAAUUUCGGUCGUCGAGAACAAGCUCGUGGCAACAAUCGUCAAAGCGAAGCAGGCUCGAGACAACAAGGUGGUGGAAAUGUUCGUCAGCAAGGCAGCAAUCGAGGUAGGCCACAAAACCAGCGGAGCGACGGUGAGCAACAACAACAACGAAAUCAAAACAACCGUCAACAGUAUCAAAAUGGAAGGUUCGGUCGUCAGCAAUCGGAAGAAAGUUUCGCAGGUCUGCAAGAAGGUCAAUUUCAAGAUGGAGAUCUCGGCCAAGCCCAAGGCGAAAGCACUGGAAUGGGUCAAAUCGUAGUUGCGGAAGUCGAUGAAAACCAAUUCGACGGAUUCAGUGGCUCCAAUACCGGUACCGGUAUCACCAACUCCGAAAUCGGUAGUGAAUUCCCGGAAAUUGGUUCCGCUCUCGGUCAAUCGGAAGAAAGCCAACCAGGCGACGAGGAUUACUCCUAUCCCAAGUACAAAUAUGAAUACGGGGUGCGGGACUACGGAAGUGGUGAUCACAAGACCCAGUGGGAGAUUCGAGAUGGAGACGUGGUCAAGGGACAGUACGUUGUUCUGCAACCGGAUGGUAUUCAUCGUAUUGUGAAGUAUACUUCCGAUAACAAGAAUGGUUUCGAGGCCGAAGUGCAGCAAAUUGGAGCGGAGGUCAGUUCCGGAAGUCCGAGCGAAGGUAGUUCUGAGUUUCAAUUUGGUUAUCUCUAGACCAUUGAAUGAGUUGAUCUCUGUUAUCAGUUUGUGACACACCAAUAUCAGGAAAGCAACAGAUUGAUUAAACUUUUGGUUCCUAAUUUCGUAUUAAGUUUACUCGCCGUGAAAUCACAGAUACAUAUUGAUUAUUUGAUAAUUUCAUGAAUAAAAUUUUAAAACAAAAAUAAUGAUAAUGGAAAAACAUUUAAUGUUCAAGAUAAACAAAAUUACCUCGAAACAAAAA